AAGGAAGACAAACUGGAAUGACACCUCUCUCUCUUUAUAAAUCAACAAAAUCCCUAAUACGUGUACAGAAGUAAUCCAACAGACAAGCAGUGGUGACUAUGGCGACCGCACCUCUCCUCCCCACCACUAACUCAACUUCACAAGAGAAACGGCACCGUUCUAUCUUCGACGUCCCCACCGAUUUCUUCGAUGCGUGUCGUUUACUCUCCCCCUCCUCCUCCCCCUCCCCUGCAUCAACAUCAGUAGCACCCGAAAUUCCCUCUCCCAUCGAAACUCUAGACGAAGUCGAUACGAUUUCCAAAAACGGCGUCGAAGUCACAAUUCCUAGAUGGACCUGUAACACUUGCAAAGCCGAAUUCGAUUCUCUCCAAGACCAGCGGUUUCACUUUAAAUCCGAUUUUCAUCGAAUCAAUGUUAAAUUAAGCAUUGCUGGAAAAGAUAUUGUUAAAGAGGAAGAUUUUGAUGAAUCAUUCAAAGAUUGUGAUAUCUCGAGCGUGUCAGGAUCAGAAGAUGAAGCUGAAAAGGUGUCCAUUUUGCGGACUGAUGCGCAAAGAGGGUUUGUAGAGAGUGUGAAGCAGAAGUUGUUUAUUCGUCUUAAGACGGGAGAGAGAGUUUCGAUAUGGAAGAGUCUGGUUUUGAAUGAUAGUGAAAGUGUUUGUUUUGAGAAUGAUAAUGUUCUUGGGGGGUGUUUGAGAGAGAGUGAAGUGAUUGAGAGGUUGAAGUUUUUGAUUCAUGAGGAGAGGAACGGGACGCGUCUGAGGAUUGUGUUGCUUGCUAGUGGUGGACAUUUUGUUGGGUGUGUUUUUGAUGGGAAUUCGCCUGUUCUUCAUAAAACAUUUCACAGAUAUGUUGUAAGAGCCAAAGCUGGUAAAAAGCAGUCAUCUAAAGAUGGGACUGGUAGAGCUGCACAUUCUGCUGGAGCUUCACUUCGUCGGUAUAAUGAACUGGCUUUGAAGAAGGACAUUCAAGAACUACUUGAUGUUUGGAAGCCUUAUUUUGACGCUUCAUCAUGUAUUUACUUAUAUGCACCUUCAAGCAAUCGGCAACUACUUUUUGAUGGCAAUAAAGCAUAUUUCAGCCAUCAGCACCAUGUUCGAAAUAUACCAUUGAGUAUUAGGAGGCCUACUUUCAAAGAAGCACGACGCAUUUACAACCAAUUGGCACAAGUCACCUAUGAAGUGGAUGAGAAGGAAAGCCUACCAGACACCAUUGAUGACUUGGUGUCAACCACAAGCACCAUUACAAAUAGCUGCCCUGGCCCCAGCAAAGAGGACUUGAACGACAGCAUUAAUAGUGCUGAAUCUACCGAACCUUCUUCUAUUAAAAAAAAAUCUGAUGAUCUGCAUGUAUCAAGUGGGAGUGAAAGUGAAGUUGCUGGCAUGACAACGCCUUUGCAUGAAGCAACACAAUCUGGUGAUGUUCAUCAGGUUUUGAAACUCCUAGAACAGGGUUUGGAUCCUUGUAUCAAAGAUGAAAGGGGGCGGACCCCUUAUAUGCUGGCAAAUGAUAAGGAAGUCAGAAAUACAUUUAGACGCUUUAUGGCUUUAAACAUUGAUAGAUGGGAUUGGCAUGCUGCUAAUGUGCCUAGUGCAUUAACAAAAGAAAUGGAGGAAUCUCAAGCUGCUAAGCAGACAGAGAAAGAGGAAAAGAGGAAAGCUAGAGCAAAAGAAUUGAAGAAAUUACGUAAGGCUAGAGAAAAGAAAGCUCAGGCUGAGGCUGCAUCAUCCCAAAAUGCUGCGGCAGUUCUAGUUAAUCGAGCUACUCCAAUUUCAGCUAUCAAGGGACAAUCUCAGCCUAGUGGAGGAUCAAAAAUAUCUACAGAGCAGGAACUUAAGAGGGCUGAAGCUAUUGAGAGGGAAAAGAGAGCAGCUGCUGCAGAGAGGAGAAUGGCAGCAGUUGCUGCUAUCAAUGCCCAAAGCAGUAGCACGAGCACCGUGCCAGCCAUGGCACAACCCAAAAGUGGCUUGACAUCAGAUAUAACAUGCUCCUGUUGCAAUGUGUCGUUAGCUGGUAAAGUUCCAUUUCAUAGAUAUAAUUACAAGUACUGCAGUACGUCUUGCAUGCAUGUACAUAGAGAGAUCCUCGAGGAUGAAUAACGUAAUUGCUUUCAGCAGGUAUUUUGCAAUUAUUUUUGCAUUAUAUAACAUUAUUUUGUAGUUGCAAUUGCAUAUUUAUAACUAAUAAAAAGAGUUAAUAAAUUUUCCGCUUCCUCUCA